AUGGCAGACCAGAAGAAGCCCGCCAUCGUUUUUUUCCAUCCUGAUCUAGGCAUCGGAGGCGCUGAGCGUCUUGUCGUCGAUGCUGCUGUUGGACUUCAGGAGAGGGGACAUCGUGUUGUCAUCUUUACGAAUCACUGUGAUCCUAAGCAUUGCUUUGAAGAGUGUCGCGAUGGAACCCUCGAUGUUCGUGUUCGAGGCAAUUGGCUCAUCCCCAUGUCCAUCCUCUCCCGCCUUACUAUCCUUUGCGCCAUCCUCCGACACGUCCACCUCAUCUUCCAAAUCACACUCUCUGGCGAACUUCGCGACCUGCAGCCUCACACUUUUAUCGUCGAUCAACUCUCUGCCGGACUCCCCCUUCUGCGCUACCUCGACCCGGCCGUCCCCAUCCUCUUCUACUGCCACUUUCCCGAUCUCCUCCUCGCCCGAGGUCGCGAGUCGUUUAUAAAGCGUCUAUACCGCCGACCCUUCGAUUGGAUUGAAGAGUGGUCUAUGGGCUAUUCCAGCGCAGUCGCCGUAAACUCAGGUUUCACAAAGGGCGUCGUCGAAAGGACCUGGCCGGAUCUAAAGAAGCAUGUUGAGACUGUGGUGGUGUACCCUUGCGUCGACGUCGAGGCCAAGGAGAAGGAGGAUGCCGGUGAGGAUGGGGGAGUUGUUUUCAAGGGCGAAAAGAUAAUUCUAAGUAUUAAUCGCUUUGAGAGGAAGAAGGAUAUUGGUCUUGCUAUCAAGGCCUUUGCUGCCAUUCCUGAGGCUGAGCGCAAGGGUUGCAGGCUUAUUCUAGCAGGUGGCUACGAUCACCGCGUCUCCGAAAAUGUACAAUACCACGCCGAACUCGAGGCUCUCGCUUCGUCCCUCUCGCUUCAACACCUUACUGCAAAGACGCUCAUCACAGCCCUCUCAGCGCCCGCCGACAUCCCAGUUCUCUUCCUCCUCUCCAUCCCGAGUUCACUCAAGAACGCUCUCCUCCGCUCCGCCCGCGUUCUUCUCUACACACCUGCCAACGAGCAUUUCGGCAUCGUCCCUCUCGAGGCUAUGCUAUCAAAAACUCCUGUUUUGGCCGCCAACUCGGGUGGUCCCGUUGAGACUGUCGUUGACGGCGAGACGGGCUGGCUGCGUUCGCCAGAGGACGUGGAUGCUUGGGCAGAAGUCGUACGUGAGGUGUUGCGCAUGGGCGAUGGUGAGGUGGAGGCCAUGGGAGACAAGGGCGCUGCGAGGGUCAAGGAACUCUUUGGACGGGAACAGAUGUCCCAGCGACUCGACGAGAUUGUGGACGACAUUGUCUCAAAGAAACAGCCCGCUCCCCCUACAGGGGCCGUCAACAUCGCCGGGGCUUGUCUCGUUUGUAGUUUGGCUUUCGUGGUGGCGGGCGUCUUGUCAGUGCUCAGCAAGUAG